AAAGACUCUUCUUUUUUUUUUCAUACCCGAGCCUGACUCACAAAUAAGCCCUAAUUACUCCUCCACUCCCGCUCGACCCCCCCAAUCAUGUCUUGGAUCUUCAUAUCUCCGGCUACCGCCGAGAUCUAUACGUACAAGAAGGGCGAAGACGGGGAACUGCGUUCUCCUGAGUCCAAGGACGAAGUACUAGUAUACAGCUGCGACGAAACAAUCUAUGGCAAGGUCACAAUAACAGUCAACAAAGAAGUCGAACACCGUGGCAUCAGCGUCUAUCUGAUAGGACAAAUAGACUUUGGGUACAAAAAGGCAAACAACCGAGAUAUUCUGCACGUAAGCAAGCAACUCUGUCCCCCAGGAAAGCUCACCUCGGACUACACCGAAGAGUUCGAAUUUGCCGACGUUAAAAAAAACCUAGAAUCGUACCAAGGCACAAAUAUCCAGAUAAAAUAUUUUGUAAAGGUGGUUUUGUCGCGCAAUUACUUGUUCAACAUCACCAAUGAAAAGGAAGUCAAGAUUGUGAGAUACAAACUCGCGGUCCCUGAGAGCUCGCCCCUAAGCGUCGAAGUAGGUAUCGAGGGCUCCCUCCAACUCACGCUGUUCUAUUCAAAAAACAUAUAUCACUUAGAAGAAAUCGUGCUAGGAAAAAUUUACUUUUCGUUGGUUCGCCUCAGAGUCAAGGCGGCACUGCUCAUCCUUCUGCGACAAGAAGUCGUCGGUAUACACCCAAAUGCUCAUAUCCAAACGGAAGAGCUGGGCAAGUUUGAGGUUAUGGAUGGCAUACCCGUGAAAGGCGUCUCCAUUCCCAUCCGCAUGUUUUUAGAGAAUUACAAAUUGACGCCGACCUAUGAAUAUCCAACUGAGGAAUUUACCCUGAAGUAUUAUUUCAAUUUCGUGUUGACAGAUCACGAUAAUCGAGUCUACUUUAAACAACAAGAAAUCAAGCUUUGGAGAAAAGCCCCAAACCUUCACAUCAAAGAAUCUGGAACCGGAGGCCCGUUCUCAAGGUUAUCCAAAAAUGUGCUGACGAAACGCGAGGGAAAAGAAUCCAAGAAAUAAAGGACCCUAGACCUCUCAGCACAGUAACACUCCCUUGGAUUAAAUCUUAGAAAAAAUGUCAAAAGCCAGCGGAAAAAUAUGUAUUUUUUUUGGUCGCCGCAAUUUCCAGCAAGCACGCCAGCGACCAAGAAACGUUUAUUAGCUAUACAGCCAAUCAUCAACGUCUCGAACUAGUCAAAUAUCUAAUUUCUUUUGGGCAUUUUUUCAGGGCUCAGAUUCGCCUUUUAUGUCCCCACAUUUUAUGGUCAGUCAAUAAGAGAAGUAUCAUCAUCGCCCUAGUGUUGAGAGACUCUGCAAGACUACAUGCAGUACGAUGGCCAGGAAAUAAGGCCAGAGUCAUCUGGGCCAUAUAUCUUUCCGCCUCGU